CGAAUCAUAACAAUUCUUUUCCGUUUAGAGUUUUCAUUUGAACAUUUAAAGCAGCUCAGACUUGCAGUUUAUCAGCAAGAGAGAAGACGCGAAAGAUGUCCAUCGUGAAAACCACCGUGAAUCUCCAGAGGAUUGACUGGCUGCUGCCGAAAGGUGCAGUCAGUGUGCGGAUCGCCCCGGAAUACAUCCCCGGUCCAGUUGGCCGAAGACAAACCAGUUCCAGUGAUGCUGGCCGUCGGAAGAAGUGCCGCACCAGGCCGCCGGCAGCCAGCUCCCUGACCACGUCUGCCUCUCCUGGAUCUGCUGCCAUCCCGGUGGCAACCAGCAGGGGUCAGCAGGGCACAGGCCGCCGUAGAAAUACGGCGGGAGGCCGGUCAGGGCGAAGAAGGAGGUAUGACCAACAGAAGGGGUUAGAGCCUAAGCCCAGCUCACCAACCUUCUCCUCCUCUUCAUUUUUAUUUCCGUCUUCAGCCCCCUCCCCUUUUGUUUCAUCCCCAUUUCUUUUUAUGGGCUCCUCUGUUUUAUCGCCACACUUACUCACACCUGUUAGCCCAGCUCCACAUCCAUAUUCAGCUCCAGGCCUGGUUCAUCUGACCCCUCUGCUUCAGGCUCCAGCACAGGCUGUAGCCGCCUCAUCUCACCUGGAAAAAUUCUAUUGGUUGUAUAACUAUUAUGUAACCAAGUACUCUAAAAUGACCUAUGACGCCAAGUGCUUUACUGAGUACUGGUGUCAGGAGUUUUGGAACAGACAUUUAAAUGAAAUUAACUUAGCGAAACAGGGGAAGAAUGAGGAUAAUGAGGGUACUCAUUCAACCAAGAGGCGUAGGAUUGAUGAAGAUGAGUUCAUCUUUCCUAUUGAUGCACUGGAGCAGCUAAGUACCAUGCCCAGGGCUCAGGAGAUGGGUGUGGAAAUGGGCUAUCAGUCAGAUGCACAUAGCUACAUUUCCCUGUAGAUUCAGCACAUAAUUACACGAGAGUUGUCAUACAUACUUAGGAUAAGAUAAAAUUAGGAUAUGUUACCAUGUAGUUCUAUAACAUAAGGUACUAUAGGAUAAGAUUAAGAUAGGAUAAGGUUAAGAUUGUAUAGAAUAAGAUUAAGAUAGGACAAGUUAAGAUAGUCUUAACUUGUAUGCCAUUUUAUGUUUUACAAAGACAUGAUAAAUUACCAUAAGUUUAGGAUAAGAUUAUAUAAGAUAGGAUUGCAUAGCAUAAGAUAAGAAAGAUAGGAUAAGAUAACAUAGAAUCAAAUUAAGAUAGGAUAGGUUACGGUAAGCU